CGCAAAGAAGAGGAGAAGAACACCAAUAACUUUAACUGACAGUAAUGACACUUUCGUCAUCUAUAUUUGAGGAGGAUGAUCUUACUUACUGGCAUCUGGUGUAGUAAGGUGUUCCUGAAGCAAUAUUGUAUUGUAGAUGAGAUAACUUUGUAAGGGCGAUAGAAUGCUGCUCCUAAAAUCUUAGUGCCGGGUAAACUUAAAUUUUUGUACUGUCAAAAAAACGCGUAGUGAAGUCAAGUAGCAGUAUCUACUGUUUACAAAACAACCACUAUGAUCAUCAUUUGAUUUGAAGUUUAGUUGUAUAUAGAACGAACGAAACAAACGAUGAGUAACUACUACGACCUAGACGAUAUACUAGCUGAUGGAGAAAAGGUACCGUGUCGUUUCAAUAUGACUGUCCCUGGUUUAGGAUAUUUAGAGGGAAAUCCAGGUAAACAAAUCAAUAAAGAUUCCAAACUUGAAUUACCAUUUUGGUUGGCAAAAGUGUUAGCAGUAUGCGAUUUACAAGAAGAGUCAGGGAAUAGUUUCAUAGAUAUUGCUUCUCCAGAAGCAAUCAAUUUGAAAGUAUUGAAUGCCAUUAAGACAAGUUCCAAAAGUGUUGAUUUACACAAAUUAUUACCAAAUUACUAUAAACUAAUCGAAAGAUGGUGUUCUAUGUAUUCAGAUCCUGAAAUUACAACUAUAGUCAUGCAAAUGUUAAAGGAGAGAUCAUUCGAAAUCAAUAAUUAUGCCAGUAAUCCAAACAUGGGUGUUAAUAACGAUUUCAUCUACUCCUUAGAUGAAUAUGAAAAGAAAUUAUAUAAAUUAACAACUGAAAGUAAUAAACAGAUGAGAAGUUGGUUACGAGAUUAGAGAAGAUAUAUAUAGAUUACGAAACCUUUUUUAACGAUUCAAAAUAGAUAUGAUACAAAAUAAUAUUAAAUUAAAAUACUAAUAUAGAAAAUACAUUGAUAUAUGUACAUAAUGUAAGAAUGUUCACCUUUGGUUUCAUUUUUCGUCUUCAGCAGGAUCUGCAUCAACUUCAUGUUCUUGAGAACUUUCUUCAUCGUUCUUCUCGUCGAAUAAGUCAU